GCUGCGUUAGAGAAUCAUGUUAAGCUCAGCUAAUGCGGAGAAGCCGAGGUAGCCCUAAUGAUGGAUUUUGAUGAGCGUGUUCCUUGUUCCUCUAACAUGUAUUUGCCAAGUUGUACUUACUACGUCUCGGGUCCUGAUUUUUCCAGCCUCCCUUCUUUUUUGCCCCAGACCCCGUCUUCUCGCCCUAUGACAUACUCCUACUCUUCCAACCUGCCCCAGGUCCAACCUGUGAGAGAAGUUACCUUCAGGGAAUAUGCCAUUGAUCCCUCCAGUAAAUGGCACCCCAGGAACAAUCUGCCCCACUGCUACUCCGCAGAGGAGAUCAUGCACAGAGACUGCUUGCCUUCCACCACCACUGCUAGCAUGGGCGAGAUGUUCGGCAAAAACACAGCUAACGUCUACCACCCCAGCGCCAACGUCUCCUCCAAUUUCUAUAGCACGGUGGGCAGGAACGGGGUCCUGCCCCAGGCUUUCGACCAGUUUUUCGAGACGGCUUACGGCACCGCGGAUAACCUGUCCUCAGCGGACUAUUCGCUGGACAAGAGCGGCGACAAAGCGCCCGCGGCCGCCGGGGCGACGGCGGCAACUUCAAGUUCGGAGGGCGGCUGCGGCAGGGCGGCGGCGGCGGUGGCCGCGGAGAAGGAGAGGAGGAGGCGGCCGGAGAGCAGCAGCAGCCCCGAGUCAUCUUCCGGCAACAAUGAGGAGAAAUCCGGCAGCUCCAGUGGACAACGUACCCGUAAAAAGAGAUGCCCAUACACCAAAUACCAGAUUAGAGAGUUAGAAAGGGAAUUCUUCUUCAGUGUCUACAUAAACAAAGAGAAACGCCUGCAGCUCUCCCGAAUGCUCAAUCUGACCGACCGCCAAGUAAAAAUAUGGUUUCAAAACAGAAGAAUGAAAGAAAAAAAAAUUAACAGGGACCGAUUACAAUAUUACUCAGCUAAUCCACUACUUUAAAACUCAUAGGGUUUUUCAAGACGAGAUUAAAUUCCGAUUUCGCCCUUGACAAGGUCAAGCCACGGGGUUACACGGAGGAAGGAGGUGUGUAUCUGACGGGACUAGAAGAAUCCGAGGUUUUACAUACAUGUAAAUCCGCUCUGGGACUUCCACGACGAUUUCUUUUUAUAUAUAUAUAUAGAUAUAUUUACAUAUCAACUGGAAUCGGUUUGAUUUUGACACACAUGGCAUCCAUUUCUAAAGUGCACGUCACCUCUGAGCGCCAAGCCCAUACCUCUUACCUUCCCAGGCACCGCGCCCCAUCCUGCUCCCGAUUUCGGCAGCCGCGGGCGGGGACGGCGCCCCCGGCCCCCCACCCCAAACCCGCGGUGCCCAACAUGUGCGGGGACACCGCCGGGCCCUGCUCCCUCAACCAGGACCGCUGCAGGAGGCAAACUUUCCGAAAUAAUCUCCUGCCCUUCCUGGCGGCGAUUUUCUAUCUCGCAGGCAGCGCUCCACCAUCGCCCAUGGGGUUGAGAUGAGAAUUGGAGGGGAGGAAGAGAAAAUUAAGGGGGGGGUGACAUGCCUACACCUUCACGAGGCCAACCACGAGCAGUUGUAAUAUGGAUGUAGUGAUGGGUAUAAUAGUGUUUCCUUUGGAGGGGGGUGGGAGCAAGGGGGGAGGGGGAAGAAAGAAGAAAACUAAGUGAAAGACUUAAUUAUUUACUAAAAAAAAAAAAAAAGAAAGAAAGAAAAAUCAGGUAUAAAUUUGCCAUAUGUCGUAAAGAAACAAUCACUGAAAAAAAAUAAAAGCGCAAAGAUUUAGCAAAUUUUAACUAGCUCUCGUUUUAUUUAUGACAACUGACCACACGUUGCCAUCUUUCUGGAGACAAAUCAUAUUUAAAUGCUAAAAAUAAAGUCACACGGCAAAAAAAGUGUGAAUUUCAGCGUUUUAGAAGAAAAAAAUGCAUAAAGGAAACUAACCUUCUGGCUUCUGGCUCACAAACUUUCUUCAGGAAAUACCUGUGGAGAACGACAGUUUAGCAAAUACCACACAACACUUAAUUGAAACUUGGAGUUGUGCAAUGCACACACAUUGGAUCAUUAAAAUAACUCAAUCGCCUGUUCUUUUAAAGGUGGCUAGUGAGGAGUUUAAUCAGAAGCCAAACAAUGUAAAUAUGGUAAUUUUGUUGUUGUCUACUUUAAAUGUCACGAGCUCGACUUUGUCGCCCAGUCGACAUAUGCAAAGAAUGAAGAGUUGUUUGGAGUUAUUUUAAAUAUCUAUAAAUAUAUAUAUUUCCCUGCAGGAACCAAAGCGUGAAAAAAAUGCAAUUUAAAAGAAGAAAAAGAAAAAAAAGGAAAAUAUUUAAAAUUCUAUAUCAGUUUACAAAGGAUACGGUGUUCUAUCGUUAAGGUAAUUUGCUGUUGAGAAUAUCUGAAUGUAUAUUUCAUACAGGAACGGUGUUUUACAAGACUUGUAAAUAAUAAAAAAAGAACCCAUGACCUAUUUUGUUCGAAUGCUUUUUUUUUUUUUCCUGAUUUUUUUCCUUUGGGGCUCGAGGGUGUGGGAUUUCUUUACAUGUGCAACAAAGUGGUGAUAAGAAUGUUUUUUGAUUAAUAAAUUUACUGAAUGGAUGUAAUUUCUUUGACACGGUUCACAAAAUGCAGUAUCUUUAUAUGACAUCACUGUUUUCAAUAUGUAUCGACUAUAUGUAUAUACAGUUUUCUUUUAAUAUGCGGAAGUACUUGGUUGCAUGUAUACAGUGGAACAGCGCACAAGGAAAAUAAAAAAAAA